ACCGAAUGGUUGUCAAUGGCUGUCAACCAGAUAUGUUUACUUAUGGUGUGGUAGUAAAUGGAUUAUGUAAGAGAGGUGAUAUCGAUUUGGCUGUAAGUGUUCUCAAAAAGAUGGAAGAAAGAAAAAUAGAGGCUGAUCUUGUCAUCUACAACACAAUCAUUGAUGGUCUUUGCAAAUACAAACAUAUGGAUGAUGCUCUCAACCUAUUCAAUGAAUUGAAGAACAAAGGAAUUAGACCUGAUGUUGUUACCUACAACUCCCUUAUAAGUUCCCUCUGUAGUUAUGGAAGAUGGAGUGAUGCCUCUCGACUCCUGAGUGAUAUGAUUGAGAAGAAAAUCAACCCUAAUGCAGUCACUUUCAGCGCAUUGAUCGAUGCGUUUGCGAAGGAGGGGAAGCUUUUAGAGGCUGAGAAAUUGUUCGAUGAGAUGAUCCAAAGGUCUAUAGAUCUUGAUAUUGUCACUUACAAUUCAUUGAUCAACGGGUUUUGUAUGCACGAUCGUCUAGAGAAGGUCAAGCAGAUGUUUGAGUUCAUGGUUAGCAAGGAUUGUUUUCCAGAUGUAGUGACUUAUAGUACGCUUAUAAAGGGCUUUUGUAAGGCUAAGAGAGUAGAGGAUGGUAUGGAACUACUCCGCGAGAUGUCUCAAAAAGGAUUGGUUGGCGAUACAGUCACUUACAACACUCUUAUACAAGGGUUAUUUCAAGCUGGAGAUUGUGAUAUGGCUCAAGAAACUUUUAGUCAAAUGGAUUCUCUUGGUGUCUCUCCCGAUCUUUGGACCUACAACAUUUUGUUAGAUGGACUUUGUAAUAACGGGAGGCUAGAGAAAGCAUUUGUGGUAUUUGAGUGUUUGCAGAAGAGUAAAAUGGAACUUGACAUAUUGACAUAUAAUAUUAUGAUUGAAGGAGUGAAGCCUGAUGUUAUAGCAUACAAUACAAUGAUCUCAGGCUUGUGUAGGAAAAGAUUAAAGGAGAAAGCAGAUGCCUUGUUUAGAGAAAUGAAAGAAGAUGGGCCCCUUCCAGAUAGCGGUAGCUAUAAUACGCUGAUUAGGGCUCGCCUUAGAGAUGGUGACAAAGCUAGAUCAGCGGAACUCAUCAAAGAAAUGAGGAGUUGCAGAUUUGCUGGAGAUGCUUCAACCAUUGGCUUGGUCACUAAUAUGUUGAAUGAUGGGAGAUUGGACAAAAGCUUUUUGGAAAUGCUUUCUUAAACAGUUUAUCCUUAAGAGAGUUGUUGAGGAACCAUGUGCCCUCAUUAGGUUGCAAACAAGAGUUGAUAAGAGCAGUCUUCAAGCAGAUUUUAGAUUUCGAAUGAUGUCUCGGGCUCGAGCGAGACUUUGGUUUUGUUUCUCAUCUACCUUCUUCUUCCCAAAGCUCCCUCCCCUCAUAUGUGGCAUUGUAAUGUCAAAUGGAGCUUAUUUGUGGGAAAAAUGAAGUUUUUGGUGAUGUUCUUGUGAACUGCAAAGCUAUUUAACUCAUAUUGAAUAGGAGACUGGCCCAUCUCCUACUCCGUUAUUUCGAGGUAACGAAGGCCUCGCUGCUGCUAAACUUUCAAAUCCCAGUAUAAAAGAGAUUGGAAACGUUUAAUAGAAAAUUUCUAGUCUCCAUAUCACAUUCUUUGCUCAUAUGAUCAUUCAGAUCACUUGAUAGAUGAUUUCACUGAUUAUAUGUUAAUGGUGUGUGACUUGACCUAUAUAGCGUGGAGUGUUCUGAAUUCGAUCUAUAAUCAAUUUUUCAAUAUUGAUUCCAAUGGCUGAAUUUCGUAUGUUUGGGUCGUUUUUUUUUUACAACAAACGUUAAUUCCAGUUUGGUGAGAUAAAGAUUGUUAUGUUCUUGGAUCCUCUCUUGUUUCAGGUUCUUCUCUUGUUUCAAGUUUUUAGUAUUUUCUUGCAGUGAUGUUUCCAUUCUCCAAUAAAUUUAAUAAUUCAAGUUCUAAAACACUUGUCAGUUUAUGCAGCCACACACUGAACAGAUGAUCCUCUGCGAUAUAGGCCUUUGGGUUAAAUUCGAUUAAACGGGGGUUCGGAUCAAUAUAGGCCUUUCAAUGGGCUAUUUCUCAGACUAGAUUGUUAAAAAGUUCGCUGGCGUUUUCUGCCACAUGACGCAGAUCUCGCAUUGUACAACUCUCUUUUGGUAGGAGCGAGCUCAUACAAGCAAAUGAACAUAAACUUGUUGCUA